AUUCAUCUGGACUAGGGUUUGCUCCAAAUCCUCCGUCCUCUUAAUCUCCUUCACAGCAAUACAUAUAUAUAUAUAUAUAUAUACAUACACAUAUGCAACCUCCUAAUAGAGUCCGAAUCGCAACAGUUUUCUGCUGAGAAACCCCUCUCCUAUUGGGAUUUCUAUCCGAUUAAUUGAUUUGAGGAUUAGGGCUUUUUUUUUUAUAAUGAUUAUCUCCGUCAAAUUCCGAUUCUCAUCUUCAUCCGAUGUCAAACUCACAUACAAUCUCCGAGUCCUUGGCCCUGGUUUGAAUCCUUUUGCUCCUUACAACAUGGGCAAUCAUUCCUCUCGCUAAAUUUCUCGUCUUUUUUCGAUCUCUUUUAAUCAAGGUUAUGUUGAAAAGGAUUUCAUAUUAGAAAAUAAGCUCUGAAAUUUCCGGGUCUUUCCGCAAUCAAUUUAAUAUUUUUCAGAUACGUUUUCUGUCCCGAAAUUCGAAGAUAAGGUCAAUCAAUACUCUGAGAGAGAAAGUGUUUGGAGUUUUAUGCUCAGUAUUUGUGGGUAUAUUAGUUUCUUUUUCUUUUUUUCGUUGCGUGUUUCUUUUCGUAAAAGAGGGAUUUAGUUUCGAAAUUAGGUCUACUCUGAAGAAAAAAUUAUUACAAAUUGAAGGUUGUCGUUGUGUUAGCAUAUAUAAAAAAGGGUUUGUUUUGCUAUCCUACAAUGCCGGAGUUUGAGGUGGAAUCUAUUAGAAGGAGCCGGAAGAUGUUCGGUUCAGGAGGUAAUAGGGAUGAUCGAGGCUGGACCUUGCUCCAUAUUCAUGCUCGGAAAGGUGACCUCAGAGAGGUGAAGCGGCUUCUUAAUGAAGGAAUGGAUGUUAACGUGGCUGCUUGGGGGCCAAAGUCGCACGGAGUGACCCCCCUCCAUCUUGCUGCUAAAGGGGGGCAUCUGAAAGUUAUGGAUGCGUUGCUUGAACGCGGUGCUAACAUUGACGCACGAACUAAGGGUGCAUGUGGCUGGACCCCACUUCACAAUGCAGCUAAAGAGAGGAAGAAGAAAGCGAUAAGGUUCCUGGUCGAAAACGGGGCAUUUUUGCCAGAUGACAUAAACGAUACACGGUUCAAUCCACCUGUACACUACUGCCCUGGUCUGGAAUGGGCUUAUGAAGAACUGAGGCGUUUACAGCUCGACAGCUGUUCGUCUGGUGAGACAUCCACAUGCAGCUCCGAUAGUUGAGGCGUAUUACAUUAUACCUCAAGCGAUGCUUCUACCGUAUACUGCCAUUGGCUUGCAUAUUAUAUUUGUGUCUUCUCGUUGAAAUAUUAUAUUUCGUUGUAUUUUGUGGUGCCGAGCUGAAAUAUUGUGAUUCUCUUGCGUCUGUGUGUUUAUGAGGGUAUCUCUUAGUACCUAUCUUUGCACUGUGUUGUGUCGAACAUUUUGUGAUGCCGUAUGAGAGGCAAUGCGCUAAAAACUGGUGAUGCUUGUGAUAUUUUAUAUUCGUAAUUUCAUU